AUGGAUCUCCCUAUAGCUGUAGGAAAUGUCGACUCAAAGUUGCAACAUGUUGCCCUUACUUCACGAAUAAUUUGGUCUCUUUCUCAAUUUGGGGGGCCUUCAGCAGCACCCGCUGUAUAUAUAGCUUAUUUAUUGUUUCCAGAGUUUUUAAAUGAUUUAAAAGUUCUGUAUCUUAAUAUUACAUCAAGUAUAGCUGAUUGAAACUAUUGCUCAGGACAAAGCAUUUUUACUGAUGAAAAUGUAAAAAUAUGAAGCUCAAGUGAGACAGACAAAUUAAAUUUGCUAGAUUUGCUUGCAAAAUCGAUAUGCAUUAAAUGGCUGCACGUAUCAGCCUUUUCUCUUGGUGCAACAGUCCAGACCUUAUGGCUACAGCAAAUUAGGAUGGACUUCAAGUCAAGAAUCAAGUGCAGACUCAAGAAAUGUGUAUCCGGGUAAGUUUUGGCUGCUUUCCGUGGUUGGAAUGGAAGUGCUCAAUAACAUCCUUUAGACAUUCCUCUACCGAGAAACUGGGGUUUCGGCUCAGGCUACAGGAAGCAGUCUUUUUCCUGUAGUUGUUGAAGAAAGGCACUUCAAUCACCAACAGACCCCAAUUGCCCGUAGCAGGGCUGCAGAAAUCCAUAAGCACUCAAGACUGCAGCCGCAUCCACCUUUGCGGAAAGACCCUUUGGGCUGGAGUCGAAAAGUAAUCAAAAUCUCCCAUAUGGGAGAUCUUUGACGACUGCGUCACCAAUAUGACAAACACUAUCUUCAAUGCUUGCAAAAUCAAUACAAUCCGUAAAGAACUAUAUAGGGGAAUGAAUUUAUUACUCCCCCCCAUCCUUGAUCGAACUAUUGACUGUAAAAAUUCCUAAAAAUUGGGAAAAUUAACCCCCAUCCUUGAUCGAACGAUUUUCAUAUCAUGCAAAUUUUUAUCUAUAUAAUAUUAGUUAGCAAAAGCUUGGGAGAUGUGCCUAAUGAAAUUGUUGUCAGAGGCUUUGAGACGACAGGAAGCCGCAGAAUCAGCCAUCUGAAGUGCUUUAGUCAUCAACCUAGGCUUAAAACUCAAUAAUCUAAAAAAUAGAGAUUCUUUAAAUUUAAAAUUCUUAAUUCAAUAAGAAACAAAUUAAAAUUUAUACAGUUUAAAGGGGUAACUAAUAAAUAAAAAUAUUAAAAAUUGGUAUUCUUUGAAAUUAACUCAAUUUUUUGCUGUAAAAAUAAUUAUUAAAUACUCUUAACCCUCUUAUUUUAAAAAUAUAUAAUUAAAAAAAACAUAUAUUUUUUAUUUCAUAUAUAAAUUUUUUUCCCCAAAAAAAAAUUGUUUUAACCCACAUCCUUGAUCGAACGAUGGCGAGCCGUUCGAUCGAGGAUGGGAGAGUUAGGAAAUAUAAAGACACCGAAGACUAUUCAGAUGAAAUAACAUUUUUAACACUGAAUAGUUUUGGAGAGGUAACUAAAUACUGUAAUGAUUCAUUAUAUCAAAUUAUAGAUUGCCAAAAAUCUAUAAUGCUUGAAUUUAAAACUGAAGUGUAUAUCCUUCUCAUAUUAGGAGUUGGAGUUCUAGCUAUAUGCAUUUUUGCUAUGAUACCAUUUUGCUAUUCUACUAUUAAUUAUGAAAACGAGCUAUGGAAUAAUUUGAGAAAAAAGGUUUAUGAGAACCAUUCUGAAUUAAAGAAGAAUCUAUUAGAUAGAAUUAAAUACUUCCACUAUCAAUAUGAAUUGCCAUUAAAUGGUAAAAAUAUUUUACAUAAAAAUAUUAAUUUCAAAACGCAAUUUAAAAUGGCUUUAGGUGUACGACGACUUGCAUACAGCUGAACUUAGCUAAAGAGGCUCAAGACAUCUUGAGGGGUUUUGGCUUCAGUGAAGAUGAUCUGCAUGAGUCUGGUGUAGAUAGAGAGGCCCUAAGGGAUUUGGAGAUAUACAGGUUGGCGGUUAGGUCGGUCUUACCUAUCAUUAAUCAGAGCUGCCUGCAUAACUAAGACCCAAAAAAUAUGGAUUGAAGGAUAAAGUAAUCUAUUAAAUUUCAAAACGCAAUUUAAAAUGGCUUUAGGUGUACGACGACUUGCAUACAGCUGAACUUAGCUAAAGAGGCUCAAGACAUCUUGAGGGUUUUGGCUUCAGUGAAGAUGAUCUGCAUGAGUCUGGUGUAGAUAGAGAGGCCCUAAGGGAUUUGGAGAUAUACAGGUUGGCGGUUAGGUCGGUCUUACCUAUCAUUAAUCAGAGCUGCCUGCAUAACUAAGACCCAAAAAAUAUGGAUUGAAGGAUAAAGUAAUCUAUUAAAUUUCAAAAAAAUAUUGAAAAUAUGUUUGGAGGAUUUUUAUUUAUUUUAUUGUGGUUGCAACAUUUUCAAUCACUAAUAUAACUUUACUCUACGAGAAAUGUACAGAUUAUUUAUCAUACCGGCCUGAUGUAAUGAAAGAAAUGAUAAAUAGACAGAUUUUACAAAACUCAUUGGCUAUAUGAGCAACUCUAUCACAAUUUGAGACUUGGGGUAUUCCAUCAAUAAACCAAUAUUUGAAUAUAUACCCUUAUAUGAGUAGUAGUUCUGAAUUCCAUGAGACAGUGUCAUUGCUUGAGCAGUCAAAAGUUAAAUUAAGAAACCCUAAAUACUCACCUAUACUUUCGGAUUCUUUUAAAACCACUUUCUAUGAAAAUGAUAAUUAUAUGUCGGUAUAUUUUACUUAUGGCACGAGCCCUGCUGAAGAAAUACUGUAUAAAGAUAUAGUAAUUGCCCGAGGAUGGCGCUAUCUUACGCCAUCCCCCCGGGCAAUUCAAAAAUGGCCCCACACGUGGGUUCGAUUCCCGGUUUGGGGCCAUUUUUUAAAUUGCCCGAGGAUGGUGCAAGAUAGCACCAUCCUCGGGCAAUUAGAAUAGCUAUUUUUAUGCGUAUUCUAAUCCAGAUCCUGCCAUGUGAGUAUAUUGAGCACUUAAUACCUCAAUUUUGAAUGAGCAUUAUGCUGGUCUUGCUAGUGAGAUUAAUGAUUAUUCGCAACGGGUUAUUGAGGAUCAAGUAA